AUGUCAUCUUCUAGCUCUAGCAAAACGCCAGCCAUGGGAAUGGAGAAAAUUCCUGGCGAAGUGGAUGGGACUGAGAUGGAGACUCUUCCUAAUGAAAUGCUUGGGGAUCCUACUGAGUCCACUAGCGUGCAGGUUUUGUCGCGCCAGCUGGGUGGUAUGCAAGUGAUGAAAGAAUACCAAAACCAGCAGCAGGGGAUGACUGCGAACAUGAUCCAGUACCUUACCGCGCUCGGGUAUAAGGUGAUCAUUCCACGCAACAAACGGGAAAAAACGGAGGAAGAGGACUACCAUGAGGAUGUGAAGUACCACGAGAAGAAGGCGGCCCGGGUGAAAAAUCUAGCAAAGAAGAAGCAGAGCCUUGCCGACAAGACGACGAAAGCAAAACAGGCCCUGAUGAAUGAUCCACGCGUUCGCCGCUUGGUUGAUCCGAGUAUGCCCAUCCGUACCAGGGCAGUCCCAACGAAUGUGUUGGAUGUUGAUGGGUUUGAUUCCGCGCGUGGUCUUUCGAGUAACAUGUUUCUCAAAGGUGUCCUUGCUCUCGGGAAUGGUGGUA